AUGUCAGGUACCACAGAACCAAAUACUUUCAAAAUCAAAGGGUGGAUCAAAAAGAGGACAGUGGUAUUACUGGUAGAUUUUGGUAGUACACAGUUUUUUUACACGCAAACUGCUAAGGAACUAGGGGUUGUUGCUCAGGUGGAUAUCCCAAUGAGAGUGAUGGUGGCCAAUGGCCAACAGAUAUAUAGCCAUCAUAGUGUGCCCAGGGUUAAGUGGAAGGCUAACGGGGUUGAGUUUGAAGACAAAUUCAGGUUGCUGAAUCUGGGUAGUUGUGAUGUGGUUUUGGGAGGUGAUUGGAUGAGAGUGCAUACACCUGUAACCUUUCACUAUGAACUAUAUGAGCUUAAGAUCAAGAAGUAUGGUAAGGUAGUGACACUGAAAGGAGACGUAGAACUGGUAGCUUUGCACCAAAUCACAGCUAAAUUGAUGGGCAAAAUACUCAAGAAGGGUCAAGCUUUAUUAGCUCAUCUUUUAACUAUAUAUGGAGGUGAUAUGCGUAGUGAAGGAAUGAUACCAGGAGAAGUGCAAGAAGUGUUAGAUGACUUUUCCCAUAUAUUUGAGGAACCUACUGACUUACCACCAUCCAGAGCUCAAGAUCAUGCAAUUUCUAUCAUACCAAGAGCUAGACCGUUAUCCUUGAGACCUUAUAGGUACAAUCAUUACCAGAAGAAUGAGUUGGAAAAACAAAUAGCAGAGAUAUUGCAGCAGGGAAUUAUACAGCCUAGUCGCUCACCUUACUCUUCCCUAGUCCUUUUAGUCAAGAAAAAAAAUGGGAAUUGGAGGUUCUGUAUUGACUAUAGAGAGCUCAACAAGAUUACUAUAAAGGAUAAGUUUCCCAUUCCCUUAGUUGAUGAUCUCUUGGAUGAGCUACAAGGAUCAUGCUUGUUUUCUAAAAUUGACCUGAGAUCGGGUUACCAUCAGAUAAUGAUGAGGGUGGAAGAUAUACCAAAGACUAGAUUCAGGACUCAUCAUGGUCACUUCGAGUUUAAGGUGAUGCCAUUUAGGCUGAUAAAUGCACCAGCCACCUUUCAGUCAUUAAUGAACUCCUUGUUUGAGCAACAUCUGAGCCUUAAGGGGUUGAGGGGAUUCCUCGGUCUGACAGGGUAUUACAGAAGAUUUGUGAAGAAUUAUGGUUCCAUCAAUAAGCUGCUGACUGAUUUACUGAAAAAGAACUCAUUUCAGUGGAGUAUAGAGGUUGAGAAAGCUUUUGAGAGAUCGAAACAAGCCAUGAGCAUUUUCUAG